ACUUUUCACACUGGUAUUUUGAAUUCCAUAUUUCUUUAACGGCUUAACAGUCGACAUGGUAUCAAAAUUAUUUUGUCUUGUUCUUAUUUCAUAAUUCAUGUUAUUUAUUAUUUUCAUAUUUCAUGACGAGUGUUCAAAGUAAAUUCAUUUUGUCAUCGUGCCAAUUUAACCCAUAGGUCCGCGAAGGAUCGAACAUUUGAACCGCAGUUAGAAUAAAAACAGAUAAUCUGCCGAGAAGGCGACUUAAAACUUUGUUGGUUUCACUUUUCCGUCUCUCACGUCGGACAGUUUGUAUUUUUGUUAAUCUACAGUUAUAUUCUUAUAAUGGCUGUAGUUGAAGAAAAACAUGAAAUUGGAUCUCAAAAUGAAGUUGUUCAACACAUAGAAAAAACAAUGAAAGAAAUUUAUUCCAAACGACUUUCAAGUCCUCAGUGGAAAAUAAGUGAUUUUGAAAUUGGAACACCACUUGGUCGUGGGAAAUUUGGUCGGGUAUAUCUUGCAAGGGAAAAAAAUACGGAAUAUAUGGUUGCUUUAAAAAUGAUGUUUAAAUCAGAGUUAGUAAAAGAUCACAUGGAACAUCAAGUGCGACGAGAAAUUGAAAUUCAAACGCAUCUUAGUCAUCCCAACAUUUUAAAACUAUUGACUUAUUUUUGGGACGAAAAGAAAAUAUAUUUAAUUUUAGAAUUUGCCCAAGAGGGUGAAUUAUUUAAAGUAUUGAACGCGCAGCCGCACAAACGUUUUGAUGAACCAACAGCUGCAUAUUAUUUACGACAAGUAGCUGAAGCUUUAAGAUAUUGUCAUUCACAAAGUGUUAUUCACAGAGAUAUAAAACCAGAAAAUCUUCUAUUGUUUAGUCAUCAUGUUGUUAAGUUGGCAGAUUUUGGCUGGUCUGUCCAUGCACCAUCCAAAAGUCGAAACACCAUGUGUGGCACUAUUGAUUAUUUACCACCAGAGAUGGUUGACUCUCAAACAUAUAACGAAUAUGUUGAUAAUUGGUGUUUAGGGGUGCUAUGUUAUGAAUUUUUGUGUGGAGCCCCACCUUUUGAGAGCUCAGAACAGGCAGAAACUUUUAGAAAAAUUCGUGCUGUGAUGUAUGGUUUCAAACCUCAUAUGAGUGAGAGCUCUAGACAUUUAAUUUCAAAGCUUUUGCUUAAAGUUCCAAAGUCUAGAUUACCAUUAACUGAUGUCAUUGAACAUCCAUGGAUAAAAAAAAAUUGUGAAAUAUUUACUAAUACUAAAUUAUUAUUAAAAUAAUUUUAUUUAUUAUCCAAUACUGAAGAACUUUCAACAUUAAAUUGUAUUUUUUUCUAUCAAUAUGCCAUUCUUACAACCAUUUAAUAUUUUCAAACAAAUAAUGUUUGUACAUAAAUUACUAAUGUAUUAAUAACUAAUUUAAAUGUUAACAUCUGUUUCUAUUGUAAAAUUGCGAUAUGCAUUACAUUUUUUUUAUGAUGUUUAUUCUAUUUUAAUGGAAUUUUCAGAAUUUGAAUACUAGCUUUUAAUAUAUUGUAUUAUAUAAUUGAAUAUUAAUAAUAGUUAAGCGUUUUAAUGUAUUUAUAAAAAUUGUUUAAUACUCUGUAAUUUAUAUUAUUUAAAAACAAUGUAAUUUUUUUUUUUUGAUUUUGUCUAAUUUUGUUUUCAAAAUGUUGUAAAUUGUACAUUCUUUUAUAAUAUUACACUGAUUACCUUGAAAAAUUCCAAAGCA